AUGGAUACCAUGAAAGCAGUUGGCGUGGCCAAAUACGGCGGUGUUGAUAAUCUUGAAUCUCGCAACGUUCCGCGACCAGGCAAACCUACUGGCCGCGAUGUUCUCGUUAAAGUCCAAGCGUGCUCUGUGAAUCCGAUCGAUGUCAAAAUCCGGGCAGGCAUCUACGAUGAUGCUCCAGAGGAAGAUUACUACGAGUUUGCACCAAAGGGUUUCCAUAUCAUCGGAUAUGACGGUGCCGGAAUUGUCUUACAGACUGGCCCCGAGUGCCAGUUCUUCAAGCCUGGCGACGAGAUCUCGUAUGUUGGUGCUUCAACGCGUCAAGGCAGUUACGCGGAGUACCAGCUAGUCAGUGAACUUCAUUGUGCUUGUAAGCCCAAGUCUCUCGACUUUGUACAGGCUGCAAGCUUUGGCUUGACCUUUGGAACGGCCUACCAGUCUUUGCAUCACCGUCUGGAUAUCAAGCCCAAUGAGAACGUGGGAAUUCUCAUCAUCAAUGGUGCUGGAGGAGUUGGCAGUGCUGCUAUCCAGCUGGCGCGCAAUGUCUUGAAUCUUCCUGUAGUCGUUACUACUGCAUCUCGGCAAGAAACAAUAUCCUUUUGUAAAGAGAUGGGUGCUACACAUGUUAUCAACCACCUAAAAGAUCUCGUGGAACAAAUCAAAGAUCUCAGUUUAAGCGUUCCGAUAAAGUACGCCUAUAUACUAGCCAGCACUGAGCAGUAUAUCCAUGCUGUUGCUAAGAUCUGCGCACCCUUUGGCAAAGUUUGCUCUAUUGUCCAGGCUGAUGUCAGCCUCUAUGGGACCGACUUUAUGUCAAAGUCGAUGACUUUUGCAUGGGAUUGGCUAGGCUCAGCUGCCUAUCAUCGUACAAAUGUUGAAGGCUACCAUGAAAUGCUUGGUACCCUAUCCCGCCUUAUGGAUGAAAAGAAGCUAGUUCCUACUCUAGGCAAGCGGUACAAAUUGACGCUUGCUGGGCUGAAGGAGGCUCACAGACAGAUUGAGUCCAAGACGACGAUAGGCAAGGUUGGGCUCGGGAUCGAUGAACCUGGCCAAGGGACUCCCUUUGCUUGA